UUCGACUGUCAAUUUUUGUUUGUGAUGCUGAUACCUAUGUGCUGGCUCGGUGUUUUUUCGCAUUAUUGAAGUUAAUUCAAAAAGAAUUUAUCCAAACUGAUAGCAAACCAAAAGGCCUCAAAAUGGAAAUGCUCUUUGCUGUUCAGCGUAAAUCAAGUGGACUAAAUUUUAGUCUGGAAAAUAGAUGCAACGUUUCAACAAAGUGCAAAGUCUCAACCACAAAUUGUGUGGCAUUCACAACAAACAUCGAGAUCGGCGACACAACCAACACAUCCUGGGGUUUCCAUACAUACAUUUGCGAUGUCAACACACCGUGGCAUACAUACAAAGUAACGUCGAACGCCUUUCCGAUUUCCGUCCUCGAAUGGGACAAUGCCGGUAAGUAUCUGUUGAUUGGGGAUAUUUCGGGCAGUGUUCAGAUUUGGAUACAGAAGGACAAUCUCAUAUCGGAAUGGACACAACUAUAUGCCGUUAACUUUCAUGAGCACAUCGUCCGAGCCGUUUUCUUCCACAAUGGCCGGAAAAUUGCUAUCUUGUCAGACAAGAAGGACAUCAGUCAUUAUUCGGAAAAGUUUCAACGAGUCAAAUUUGGACCAAGUGUACGUCAAUUUGGCGGUGUUGCUGCUGAAGGUGUUCUUUUGGUAACGAGUACUGGAAUGUUGGGCAGCUUUGUCAUACCAAACGAAUCGCCACUGAAUGCAAACAAUUCGAACAAUAAUGGUAUCUCGAGCACCCAAGGCCCGUUCACUUUACCCAUUGUGACUGAGAGUCUAGGAACAGUGAGAAAUUAUGUGACGGAUGCGGAUAUUUCGUAUGGAAAAAAUGGAAACUUUAUGAUUGCUGUCGCGAAUGGAGAAUGCAAAAAUGUGUCGUCCAUUAUGAUCAAUUGCUACCGAGUCUCCAUCAAAAAGCAACUGGAUAAACUGACGAUAACCAGCCAGGCGUUGCCUAGUUUCUUCUUGUGCGAAGGAGCUGGUCGUGACAUACCGGAUUUGAAAGUAACCCAUUUGAAGUGGACGUCAAGCGAAGACAGUGAUUCACUGUUGGUGGGCACAAAAUGUUCGGCCGGCAGUUUUCUGGAGCUGUGGUGUCUGGUGGAAAAAUCGACUCCGAUUCAUAAAUUGUUUCAAAAUGCGAACAAAACUGCGGUGUUCAAGUUUAUGAUUUGGGCGCACCAAGCAAACUAUCGAUACACCAGUGGAAUAACGGACAUAGGAACGACCCGAUUCUAUUAUGGCAAUUCAGCAUAUGCUUUCGUUUCAAUGAACGAUAACACUAUCCAUUGUCUACAUCGUGACACGCUGAAGCGGGCAUUCGUUCAUACAGCAACAACUUCGUGUGUUUUACGCAAUGAUAACGAGCACUCGUCGAAGCAGACACGUGUUGACACACAACUUACUGCCCACGAAAUAUCGGUGAUGGGUCAUUUGUUCGUAGCAAUUGAUUCUCAGGGACAGUUGUAUGCGUUUCGCGUUACAUACCCACAUCAGGAUCAAACAGCCAACCAGCAUUCAAUCGCUCAGAUUGUUACAUCGUUGGAAUAUUGUCUUUUCGCCGGUCUGGAUCCGUUGGACAUAUUUCUAUCGUUGAAAGUACAGCAAUUGGAUCAAAUACUGGACAGAUUAACGGAAAAUUUUCAACGACAACAGCCAGCGGUACAGCAGUAUUUUUAUGUCAGCUUUUUAACGUUGAAGACCAAUCUGUACAGGCUAUCUAUUCCUGGUCAAUCGAAAGCUCACGACCUAACAAGUUUGCUGAUGCUGCACAGCAUUUUGAUCGCAUUUAAGAAUCUAUUGAGACCGUCUGACUUAACCAGCCAUGACAAAGGACCGGCUGAAAAUCUUGCCAUGGUCCUGGCUGAAUCGGUACCCGAUAUUGACAAAGUACUGUUGGGACUGGAGGGAAAAGAUUUCACAGUGGAAAAAUCCACGCUACAAAGCCUGCAACAAUUAAUCCAAUUCAUUGCGGACCUCUCCUUAAACAUACUGGCCAGGCUUCCAGAAAAUCGUUCAAUGGGCGGUGGAACCACAUCUCGAAACACUGGCUAUGAGAUCAGCAAAGACAUCGUUGCACUGAACAGCAUACGUGAAUUGUUGGUAAUGAUGCGGAUAUGGGGCUUAUUGAAACCGCAAUGUUUGCCAGUGUUCUCCAGAUCAGCGGAAAGUUUGGAUAUUUUGCCAACAUUGUUCAGACUCUUAACACGAUUGGCGCUGAAUCCGAAUGAACCGGACGAUGUUUUAUUGGAUGAAUGCUGUCUGCUCCCGAGUCAAGUUCUUAUACCACAACUACAAUUUAUCACUUCCAUAACAUGCGUCGCAUCACCUGUUCUCCAAUUUGUACCAUUACCCAUAAACUUGGAGUACAAUGUCGAACCUGUAUGCUUGAAAUUCUGUCCAGAUGUACCCACAAUUGAGGGUGGUUUAUCAAGUGAUAAUAUGGUGGAUUCUGUACGACAUUUACAGUUGGGAAAAAGACCGGCUUCGUUGCGGAGGUGUACUCGUUGCGGAGCUUCAAGUAGUACUUAUAGUGUUGCCCGGACUGCAGCAAUGAGAGCAUGGGAACAACGAUGGGCCAGUGGAUGUCGAUGCGGAGGAUUCUGGCGGUUACAGACUUUAGAAUAAAAUAUUUGAAGAGUUAAAGAUUUAAGGUGAAAUAAAGUGUUUU